GGUUGUUCCAGAUAAAAUAAAACAACAACAAAAAGAACAUGUACCUGAUAGUGGAGUUCGUCGGAGAAGGGAGUACCGGUCCUGUAGCAAAGUCCUGGUACUCAGAUGGCCACUCAUGGUGGCCUCCAUACAAAGACUUGGACCGGUUACUAAAGAGCGUCAGGUUGAUGGAGGCACCACAGCCAGAUAAGGGUUGGACCAAGCAUCAGGCCAGAAUUCUACAUGAGUCGGCAUCAUUUGACAACAUUUCCAAAAAAUGGAAAAGGGCAUGCUACACUUCUGACAUCUCAGAAUCUGAAAAUUCUAUAAAAAGAAUUCACAAAAAGAAAACAUUCUCAUCAGAUGAUGAGCUUCAUGAAACCCCCAACAAAAAAGUUAAAAUGAAUAGAGACAAAAAUCCACCUACACCAAAAAUCCAACCCGCACCAAAAGUCCCGCCUGCACCAAAACCUCCAGCACCUCUAAAAUACAUCAAGACAAAAGGUCCUGUUGUACGACCUCUGCUUACAACAAGCAAAGCAGUGAACUCUUUCAGCAAUUCAUUUGUUAAUCACCACCAAAGGGCCAUGGAGAAGCCAGAGCAGGCCCGUUUUGAGACUUUCCCCAGCUGUCGAGCUCCAGAUGUUCCCGUGAGCUUCUCCCAGGCAGAUGAGCCACAAGAUCAUUGGGGUGAACACUUACCUGACAUUCAAGUGAACACAAUCUCUGAACAAAGAUCCUCAAGUACCCACCAGCCAAGAACAAAUAGUGCUUCUGGUGUGAGACGAUGGAGCUGCAUCACUAAUCAAUGUACACCUGUUGAGAGGACAAUUCUGGAGGCACUUAAUGAACUGGACAUGAAGAUCAAUCAUCUGACUUCAGUGGUCCAGUCCCUUGCAGCAAACAACCGUUCCAGUGCUCCAGUGGUGGACAGCGAGGAUGAGGUCUUUCCUCUCACAACCAUGGAGGAACUAGACAAACUGGAAAGAAAAUUAUCAGAGAAAGCAAUGAUGCAAAAGAUGGUGAACAGGUUAUCCAUCAGUGGAGGACACACACUGAAGAAAACAAUAUGGAGAAUAUGCUCCAAGGUGUUUGGUCCUGUAGCCAAACAGCUAAACUGGUGUGGUAGGGGAGAAAAGCGAGGGAUCAGGAAAACAAACAUAGGAGCACUCCUAAUAGGAGCAGCUAUGAAGAAUCCCGUGCUUCCGUCGCCAACUGAAGCAGAGGCUGAAAAACACAUUAAGGAUUAUCUCCGCUUGGCCCCAGGGAGAAUGCCUUGUUAGUCAACUUGCUUUUUUGUUGUUUGUUUGUUUGGUUCAGGAUUAAAAUAAUAAUAAUAAUAACAUAAACGAC